GGGGAGGAGUCUCUCGCUGACAAGAGGGAGCCUUGCUUUUUCUGAGUUUGUCAGCUCCCCCUAAAAUAGCAGUCAGCGUGUAAAUGUGAACUGAAAUUACGCUUAUCCACUGGAGCCACCGAUAUAGAGUGUCUAUACACGGCAACUGACUUGGGAGUAAAGGACAUUUUUCCAAGGAGGACAAAACACCAGAAAGCUGAAAGCCAAGGAUGUAUUGAGUGAAAAAUAAGAGAUAGAAGCUGAGCAUUCGUGGUCCAAUAAAGAGGAUAGUGUUUCUCUGAGUGUUUGAUUGUGGUCUGUCGACGAGCGUGUUGCGAAGACAGAAGAAAGAACGUAUACACGAAGAGAGACUGUUGCACAAUGUGCUAGGAGAGCGCCGGAAGAAAUCGUGUAGUUUUUCUGAUAUUGUCGAGGUGUCAGAGAGACCGGAAAGGACGCAGUCAUGGGGCGGAAGAAGAUACAGAUCACCAGGAUCAUGGAUGAGAGGAACAGGCAGGUUACCUUCACAAAGAGGAAGUUUGGACUGAUGAAAAAGGCCUAUGAGCUGAGCGUACUAUGUGACUGUGAGAUAGCCCUCAUCAUUUUCAACAGCUCUAACAAACUGUUCCAGUAUGCCAGCACGGACAUGGACAAAGUGCUGCUGAAAUACACAGAGUACAACGAGCCCCAUGAGAGCAGAACCAACUCUGACAUUGUAGAGGCGCUAAACAAGAAAGAACACAGAGGUUGUGAUAGCCCGGACCCCGAUGCCUCAUAUGUCCUCACUCCUCACACAGAAGAAAAGUAUAAAAAAAUUAAUGAGGAGUUUGAUAAUAUGAUGAGAAAUCAUAAAAUCCCCACAGCAUUGCCUCAGCAGAACUUCUCCAUGCAUGUGGCAGUGCCUGUAUCCAAUCCCAAUGCCAUGUACCAGCCAGGAGGGACUCUGGGCAGCCAGGCACUGGCAGCAGCCACGGCCUCUCUGAGUGACAGUGGGAUGCUGUCCCCUCCACAGGCCUCUCUGCACAGGAAUGUGGGUUCAAGUGGAGGACCCCAGAGGCCCACCAGUACAGGGAACGGUUUUGUUAACCCCAGGGGCUCUCCGGGCGUCCUCAGCACACCCAGCGGCAAUGGCCUGGGUAAAGUCAUGCCCACCAAGUCUCCACCACCCCCUGGAGGGAACAUGGGAAUGGGAGGCCGCAAGCCAGACCUAAGGGUUGUUAUCCCUCCAUCUAGCAAAGGGAUGAUGCCCCCACUGUCGGAGGAGGAGGAAAUGGAUUUGAACACCCAGAGGAUAAGCAGCUCCCAGUCCACCCAGCCGCUGGCCACUCCAGUAGUGUCUGUCACCACCCCCAGCUUACCCCCACAGGGCCUGGUCUACUCGGGCAUGCCCACCUCCUACAACCCUACUGAGUUCUCCCUGAGCAGCGCAGAGAUCUCUUCCCUACAGGGCUUUAGCUCUCCUGGGCUCUCACUGGGCUCCAUGUCGGCAUGGCAACAGCAUCAACUGGGCCAGGCAGCUCUUAAUUCUUUGGUUGGUGGAGGUCACCUACCUCAGGGCUCCAACCUCUCCAUCAGCACCAGCCACAGCAUAAACAUCAAGUCGGAGCCCAUUUCGCCGCCACGGGAGCGUGUCACCCCAUCUGGCUUCCCCCCUCAGCAGCCGCAGCAAGGGUCCAGCCGACAGGAAGUUCUGGGACGUUCACCCGCCGACAGCCUCAGCUCCUCCUGUAGCUCUUACGACGGCAGCGAUCGCGAGGAUCACCGGCCAGACUUCCACUCCCCGCUGGGGCUGGGAAGACCCCCCGCUGGCUCCGAGGACAGGGAGAGCCCUUCGGUCAAGCGCUUGCGCAUGGACACAUGGGUGACAUAAAGAGCCCCGAUCACGCCUCCAGUCACCAGCCAGUCAGAGAGAGGGAGGGGUUAGACAUGGAGAUAAAAGAGAGAGCAAGGGUCCUUAGAGCUAUCAUUAUAUUAUUCAACUCCAUUUCAAUUUGUAAGACCGAGUGGCAAAUGUUUAAAGACAUGUCAGGACAUAUCUGAAGUAAAUUCUCUCAAACUGAUACAGUAAGAUUUAAAAAAAAAAAAAAGAAAAAAGAUCUCAGUUAGCUGGACUGAAAUAUAUGCACAAGCAGGUGGUAUCAGGUACUUGGUGCAAUUCAGAUGCAGAGGAAAGAAAGAAAGAAAGAAAGAAAAUUGUUAAACAAUAGGCGAUAGAUUAUUGUAGUCACUGGUCUAGUCAGACACUUACAUGUAGUUGCUGUAUUGCUGUUGUGCUCGCAAGUUGCAAACAAUCAGAGAAAGUUGUGUUGCUUUCAGGCCGAGGACCCUUACAUACGAUGUUCACUGCGAGAACUGUCUUUUGAAAAUCAUGCUGUAACCACACAAGACCUUUAUCUCAAGUGGCCUCUUGUAAUUUAUUGAUUCAGUCGACCGCGAGACACAGAGAACACGGAGUUAAUUAAGACUAUACAGGAAUUUUGAUCACACAGUAAAUAAUUGCAACAGUCGAGACUACUUUUAGUGAAUAAAUGAAUUAAUACUGUUGGAGGUAAAAAAAAACAAAAAUAGCGACAGAAUUUAUUGCAAUAAUGACAUACUAUUCAUUUUAUAAUUUAAAAGAGUAGGAUAUAUAAAUGUGCAAUUAAGAUAAUGCGAACCUGUCCAGUUGAACUGGUGAGAAAAUCAACAUGUUCACAUUUGUGUAACAGUUCAUCAGUAAUAUAAGCCAAAGCUGUUCUUUUGUGUUGUUUUUGUACAGUUGCUACGGUUUCCUAACAGCUCACUCAAACGCACCAUCGUUCAUCAUAGUUUUUAUUUUGUAUCGUGCUUUAUCGCAGACGGUGUAAAGUCGUGUAAACCAGAUCUUGAAUCGAUAUCUAAAGCCAUGAACAUUUUGCUGUUCUGUUUGUACAAUUGAUAAUUUGAGCCAAACAUUUUUCUUUUGUUGUGUAAAUAGCGACUUUAAUAUAUAUCACCAGGGUGGGAGUGCGUGCUGAAUGUACCGUACGGACCGCCAUUUUCAAGAAAAGUAUAUUUUUGUGGAUUACAGCCAAGUUUACAAGUGUAGACCCUUAAAAAAAAAGUAGAUCGUUCACUGGUCGAUAUUUGCUAUUUUGUUCAUUUUACUGUAAUCUCCUCCAAAUUGAAUCAUCAACAUGACAUCCCAUGUGUUUCAGUUCCAGAUGGUCAACUUGUUUUUCUUUCCCUCUCUUUAUUAGUGAUGACUGUUUGUCCUAAAAGACAUUGUAUCAACAAUGCUGUGAGGUUGAAGUUCCACUUUUUUUCAAAUUUGUGAAGGAUGAUCACAAGGCUAGGGGAAAUAGGGUUUCUUCCCUCCCUAUUGUAGUUGUAUACCAGCAGCUGCUGAAUACACUGCCAACAUUCAAACCCAAGGUCCCAGCAUCACAUUGAAGAAUAAUCUAUUGUUACUGCAUGUGGCUCAACUGAAAAACAUGCCAUCUCGCGAGCCCUUUCCACUAUCCUGUUAUUGGUUCAUUGAAUUGAAGCAGAAGACGUGAGUGUGGUAGAAGUGGCUGCUGACCUUCACACAAAACUGAUCAUGCCUGUGCUCAUAUGUGGUUGUAAAUAUCGCAGACAGUCAUAAUUAUGUACAAAAAUACUCAUGUGUUUCCUUAAUUUGGCCUCAGAAAUUGUAUCGUAUAUCAGUGCCCUAUUACUAGUAAGACUACUAUAGGCCUAGGAACCUUAGGAGCCAGAAAAUCCGAAGGCGUUGAAGUCGUGUACACGGAAGGUGUUGCAACGCUGUUAUCGCACCGUGCGCAGACAGAAGGGAGAAAAAAAAGGGGGCUGUGACUUGUUUCUUCUCCAUCAUCACAGAAGCAAAUAAUUCAGCUAAUUCAUAACAACGCAACGUCAUCGACUUCAAUCUCACUGCUGGAUUGCACACAUUUGUAUGAGAAGUUUGCUGUACGUGAAAGGUAUCGCCCUGCAUUCGCCGUGACAUAUCUUGUGUGUGUUCCUGAGCCUCCUCCUCCGCCCCCAUCAUCCACUCCAUGAUAGCUCUCAAUAUAUAUAAUGAUCUAUGCAGUUGUAGCCCCAACUCACACACGGAGUAUGAUGUCAUUACAGGACACAUUUAGUCCACAAAGCAUCAGGAAGAAGAGCAUCUGAGGAUUGACUGUUAGACUCUUAUCCUGAAGUGCCGCAUCUGGAGGUUGCUGGACUACAAGUUAUACAUUUUAUGAUUGAUUUGGAUACCCCGGGGCAAUCUCUUCAUGUUCAUACACAUUGGUAGACACACUUUACAUGAUGUAUAGUAAUCCAUGAUGUAAUCCAGUUUAACACAGCAGGUGAAAAUAGCAAUAAUAAAUGACUACAACUAAAAAACAGUCUGCCUGUCUCGGCAGCACCACCUCGUAGUUGAGCACACUUUAGCACUUGAUGACAUAUCAGGGAAUUUUGUAGUUUGUCUAUCUAUAUGCACAGUUAGGAAAUGCCUUAUCCCAAAGAAAAAUUAUAUAUACCAUUUUUAUUUUCUCUCGGUUUGAAAAAAAAAAUAGACAAUGCAGAUAUCAUUCAAACUUGACCAGACCUGCCUCUUCUCAGAAAAGACCCACACAAGAAAAUGCACAGUGAAUGCACCGUGAUACACUUUGCUCUUUUGGUCUAUGUCCAAAUUGUGCACAACUGAUGAAUGUGAAAGGAAAGGGUAAUCAAUGAACCUUUGUAGAGGACUUUCUUCACUUUGCUGUGUAAGAGUACACUGCUUUGCUUCAUGGCUUUUAUAAACAGAACUACGUGUUUGGUAAGUGUUUGUAGUUGAUAGUUCACUUAACUGAAGAAGCUGUUUUCGGUUUGAGCGCUCAGACCGUUUGGCGGCACAAGCUGGACUUUGUUGCCAAUGAUGACAUUAUUUGUUUUGAAAAUCGAAAGAGAUUUUAAGUUAAUCUACAUUUUUUUCUUUCCCUUGAAUGUGUUAUUUUAUUUUCAUCAUACAAUAAAUAUUCAAGUGAACUUUUUAUUAAACAAUUAAGAUACUAUGCUAGAUAUUGUUGUACAAAAUUUGUAUUCUUCACAAAAGUACAAAUAUUGGCUUUUAAUGUGUAAUUUAGGUUAUCUCUCUUAUUCUGUAUAAAAUGAAGUAAACAACUCUUACAUAGAAUUUGUUCUCAUGUGAAGUCCCAAACAGUAGAAACUGUCAACUUUAUUAAACACCUCAGUGUAUGC